GUAUAACCAGAGGAUACGCUGCUUUUUUUUUUUUGGGAUUUUGGAUUUUUUUUUUUAUUUUUUGUCUUGCAUCUUUACAAAGGCGGUUAUGGAUUUGGAGAGAGGGUCGGUUUCGAGUUCUUCGGCGUCGUCUCCGCUUUCUGCGGCGGAUCGGCUGGAGUUGGAGGCUGCGGAGGCGUUGGCGGGCUUGGCGUAUUUGGCGACUCGAGAGACCGUCCCGGAUUCCGCCGCCAAGUGGGGGAGGAAAGGCAAACGACUCAAGAAGCGAGUCAAGAGUGAGUCGCCGCCGUCGCCGCCGCCGCCGCCGCCGCCACCUUCGGACUCCGUGUUGAACCCGGCUGACCCCGUUCAAACGGGUUCAGAUCCCGUCGAGGAGGAUCAAACUAAAGUAGGUAAGCAGCAAGUUGAGAUAAGAGGAAGCAAUGAAUUUAUAGAAUCAGUAAAAGCUGAGCAGAAUUCUGAAUCACUUGAACUGAGUCAUUGUUGUGUGGCAAGAUAUAAAUCAACUGGUGGAGGAAGGCCAAGACAGAAUUUAACUGAGGCUGAGAAAGAAGCACGAAGAUUACGCAGAAUAUUGGCAAAUAGGGAGUCAGCUAGACAAACAAUUCGCCGAAGGCAGGUAAGCUGUGUUUGGUCAAUCAACACUGGUUUCAGUUUUAUGUUUCUAAGUUCAGCUUUUACUUAUUUUUAUGUCUUUUUCUUAGUUUCAUUACCUAUAGUUACUAUACACCCUAAAGAGAGAAUGUCUACAAAGAGAGUUGAGAGUUUGGGAAAAACCUCAUCUUAUUUAUUUGGUCUGCAUACCCUCUUUUCAGCAUGCCUUUUCUGGUAGAUAAAUGCAUCUGAUGAUUUCAUUUCAAUUUUGUAUAUAUUUUAGUAAUGGAGAGAAUAACUUAUUCUUCUAUUAAAAGAUUCACUGCUCCUAGCUGUGGAUGGUAAUCUCAGACCAAGUAUGCAUCCCAAACGAAUCAAGCUGUAUCAUUGGCUUCUAAGAUUAAGUCAAAACUAAGCAAGAUCUGUAUCCAACCUGUUGGGGUUGGCUCAGGUGGUAAGAACUAAGAGACAAGGAGAACCUUGAUCAAAUCCAAGAUUUGAAUCCCUUCACUGUCAUUUGGGUGCAAACAUUUUCCAAAAGGCCACACCCACCCCGCAUGGCUUGACAUUUGCCUGGUUUCUAUGAACGGAAUGGUUUGUAGACACCUGGGGGACUAGUUGGGUAAAAGUUCGUCAAAUGUUUAAUGACUUGUGCUAUCAAAAAAAAAAAAGAGGGAGGGAGAGAGAGGGAAAGAUCUGCAUUCAUGGUCUACAAUGUGUCUAAAUCUACCUAUAUUGGGCAUUUUGAAAUGUCAGGAGACUAAUCAAAAUUUUAGCUCUCAAUGCUUAUAGUCAAAAUGGUUUGACUUAGAAAUGUUUGACUGCUAUAGUCAGAAUGGUGAUGCUUGCAAUGGAAGAGGUCUUGCUUAGUUUUGACCAUCAAAAUUUUAGAAGGAAUUUACUCAUUUAGAUGUAUAUGCCAUAUAUAUAUUAACAUUCUACUGUAAUUUUAUUUUACUAUUGUUAAGUUCUGGGUCUGUACUCUGGUCCAGGCUCUCUGUGCAGAGUUGACACAAAAAGCUGCUGAUUUAGCACAGGAGAAUGAACGUUUGAAAAGGGUGAGCCAAAAAUCUUUCCAAAAUUUAUCAGUGUCUUCCUAUGUGGCUUAUUAUGUUACUUUUCCUUUCUGAAGUUGUGAAGAGGGAGUUUGGCAUGCCUUUUUUUUUAUUUU